UGAUUGCAUAAAUAUCUUGUGGAAUAACUUUAAUUUCUUUUCUUUAGCUGCGUCCCUUUGGACACGCAGUGUGGCAGUGGAAUUCACAGCCGACACUAAAGUUUGGCAUGCAGGGUGGUGAUUUUAUGCUGUCCAUGAACAUUCUGCUGUCAGGCAACUACAGAAAAGUGGCCCUCCUGUUCAAAUUCAUGAACAUGGGUAUGGUUGCAGAGGGCACACACUUCAGGCUGCAGGAUGCCUACUGCAUAGAGCCUGUGCAGGAAUACUGGGAGAAAACCAGGGCGGAAGUCCUAGAGCGCUUGCAUGAAAAGGACAAUGUUGUUGUCUUGGGUGAUGGCAGAAUGGAUUCUCCUGGUCAUUGUGCCCAGUUUUGCACCUACACCACUCUAGAGCAAGACUCCAGAGAUAUAGUUUACAUUGUUUCGGUUGACAAACGUGAGACUAGCCGAAAUUCUGUGAUCAUGGAGAGGGAGUGCUUUACAAGGACCAUGGAUGUGCUGCUCCUCACUGGAAAAAAGUUUUUAAGCCAUCCAGAGCGUGGCAAGUACAAAGAUUGGGGUAUCCAGCAUUCACUUGAUAUCUGGCAUGCUGCAAAAAGUCUGAGCAAGAGACUUUUCCGGCUGACGUGGGUUGGUGUGCUACACCACGUUCGUAAUGAACAUGUUUGGGCCACCGGCUGUUGUGAACAUGAGCCCCUGGACGGGGACAGUGGAGAUAAGCCCUGGAUCGUACAAGGUUCUGCAUGUUACAAGGCACUGACGGCAAUCGUGCUGGAAAAGAGGUUUUUGAACCUGGUGAAGAAGUUUCUUAACUUCAGGACCACAUCAGACCUGGAGAGUUUCCAGAACCACGUCCUGAUGUACGCAGCAAAGCGCAUGGGAUACACACCCUUCGUGUACAAGACACAAACCCUUCUAGCGGCUAUUGAUUAUAACAAACACAACCAACGUCAGGCAGCACGUAAUAGGGAAGGGCACAAGAUGUACAAACGGUCGUACAACAAGAAGACAAAGAACUGGACAGUCGGCACAAUUAAGGAAAUAAAAAAGUACAGCUAUAUAUGGGAGAUACAGACAGCCAUCCUGUCCCGUAGGAUAGCAAGUGGAACUGGCCUGCCCCGAACAGUGACGAUGAGGGCUGGUGACCCAAGACGGCUCGGCCUGCUUGCCCCUGUUCAGCCACCGCCCACAUCCGAGCUUGUGAGGGUGCAAUUAGCACGAGGAAACAUGUUUCCUGAAAACCCACAAGAGGAUGCCACCAUAUAGCCUUGCUCUU